CGAAGAUGUUUACAUUCUGAAAAGUCAGCGUCUCUUUCUCUCGUUUCAUCAACCAUUCUUCUUUUUCCCAAAAAAAUUUCAAAGUUAUUCAGGAGAUUAAUCCAAAUCACUUAUCACCAGCCUUUUUCCAAAAUAGCCACAAAACGAUUGUUUAUAAUCCUAGUUUUUUUUUUGAUAUUUUUUUGCUGUGUAUAUAUAUCUCAUAUAUACAUAUAAGCACACACACACGCAUCAUAUUACAUAUAUAUGUUAUGUGCACCGUCUCUGAAUCUUUAGACAUGGACAACUUCCAAGGAGACCUAACAGACGUUGUACGAGGUAUCGGGUCAGUGCCCCUUUCAUCAUCCACUGGACCACCGGAAGGUCCAUCUCCGAGCAGUCUAUCUCCGCCACCAAUUUCAGAUGUCCCCUCCGUCGCCAGCUGUCAGAUAAAGCCCUUCGGAGACCCGUUUGUAAGCAUGACAGAUCCUCUCUUCAACCUUGCGGCUAACAAAAUCAACAACAGCUUCGAAGUCUUUCCAGAGGUUUCUGAGGAUGAUCAUAUCAAGAGUCAAUGCAGUGUCUUCCCGAGAAUACAGAUCUCACAAAGCCACGAUGCCUCAAAGUGUAGUCCCCCAGCCAUGGCCGUUUCAUCUGCCGUUGCAGCAGCUUCUCCAUGGGGGAUGAUCACUAACAGUCCAAGAAACUGUUUGAUGGUAGAUAAUAGUAAUAACACGUCAUCUUCUUCGCAGAUUCAGAUCUCUUCUUCCCCUCGGAAUCUUGGCAUAAAGAAGAGGAAGGGUCAGGGAAAGAAAGUGGUGUGCAUACCGGCUCCAGCCGCCAUGAACAGCCGGUCCAGUGGGGAAGUAGUUCCGUCUGAUCUGUGGGCUUGGCGUAAGUACGGUCAAAAACCCAUCAAAGGUUCUCCUUAUCCCAGGGGUUACUACAGAUGUAGCAGCUCAAAAGGUUGUCCAGCUAGGAAACAAGUGGAACGUAGCCGCACCGAUCCAAACAUGUUAGUCAUUACUUAUACAUCUGAGCAUAACCAUCCAUGGCCAACUCAACGCAAUGCUCUCGCCGGCUCCACUCGGUCUUCUUUAUCCUCCUCUUCAAACCUUUCUUCCAAAUCCUUAACCGCAGCAACUAGCUCUUCCUCGUCCAGAGUCUCCAAAGACGAACCCAAUAAGCCUCACUUAGCAUCCUCCUCCACUCCUCCGUCUCCUUAUGUGGCGGCGGCGGUUAAAAAAGAGAACGUUGAGGAGCGUCAGGAAAAAAUAGAGUUCGAUAAUGACGUUGAUGAUACCUAUAGACCAGAGUUUCAACUUCAGCAGGAGGAUUUCUUCGCCGAUCUUGAUGAGCUUGAGGAGGAUUCUCUAACUAUGUUACUUUCUCGAGGAUUCUCCGGAGAUAAUAAUAGCGGCGGAGGCAACAACACGACGAUCCCCGACGUAUUUAGCGAUUUCUUUGAUGACGACUCUUCAAGGUCGUUAUAAAAACUAUUGUUAUCUAUACGUAUAUAGAAAUGAACCUAGACAUGAAUUUCGUGUAAUUCAGUUGCUUUAAUGACGAUAUUGGCCCUGGUGGGCAUCAUCGGCAUCUGUAAUCGCUGAGGGUAAUCUCUUCAUUUA